GGAGGGUAGCAGACGUAAUGACAAAUGGGGAUUACUGUUUUGAAUUCAGUUUCAAGGGGAAAAGUUAUUGCAUUAAUGCCAACACUGACGAUGGUAGCCUAGGUCGCCUGAUCAACGACUCCCAUGACCAUUUCAACAUAAAACCGCCACUAGGCGCAUUGAAGUGGGCGAAGAAAUUAGAUAUGAUUAUGGGGAAGGAGAGUUCCCAUGGCACAAUGGACAGUUCACAGAAAAGAAAAGGAUGGUGAAGAACAAAGUGGUAGCUGGGAGAAUGAAGUUAGCAGUCUGGCAGAGAUGAUGAGGAAUGUGGUACAAUGGGGAAAGCCGAAGGGUCAGUGUGGCACUACUCAGUCAAGGGUGGAUGGUGAUGAUGAACAAGGAGACGUUUCUAACCAGUACUCUGGUUGCCCAAAAAUUGUAGAGGAUAGCGAUCCGGGAAGCUGUCAUGACAGUUUAGCAAGCAAGGAGAAUGCAGUUUUCUCCCUGGAGGGCCAGGGUGGCAAUCGGUCACGGGCGGAUGGUGAUGACGACCAGAGAGAAGUUUGUGUCCAACCCUCCGGGAGCACAAAGGUCGUAAAGGAAAGAGAUCCGG